CUGUAGAAGCAUGCGUUCUGCCCCCCUAUACCCCCUCAAUCUCAAUAUUCCGCCUAUAGGGAUUUAUUCCGGGGUUCUUGACACUACCAUUGCUAUUGCUAUUACUACCGCAGCUGCUACUUACAAGGAAUUGUAGGCUCGUCAACGAGGAAGGGACUCGUACAACACCACAACACCACGACACCGCCUAGAUCAUACGAACCACACUAUUUGCAGCAACUGAUAUUGCCUGCUUUACACACCCCCAGCAUGUCAUCCAAAAGACAUUCCACCGCCCCUCCCCCACCCAAACCACCCACCCAAUUCUCCAGCACCUCCAGCCUCAUCAUCGCAGACGCCGCCUCCCUCAUCGGCACGCAUCUCAUCAGCCUCUCCUCCAACACUAUCAUCCACCCCCGAACGAAGCUCAUCUCCACCUACGCCCCCAUCACCGUGGGCAGCAAUUGCAUCCUCUCAGAACGGGCCACCAUCGGUCUGCAGAGCGAGCCCUCCGAGGGUCUCUCCCAAGGCGUGGUCAUCGCCGACUACGUGGUCGUCGAAGUCGGUGCAAGAGUCGAGGCAAAGUCGGUGGGAGAAGGCUGUAUCAUCGAGGUCAAUUCCAAGAUCGGAAAGGGCGCGGUUCUGGGAAAGGUAGGCAAAGCAAUUCGCUCCCCAAGAGUAAGUCGGUCAGCGUUUGGCAAUGGCUCACGGCUUUUAGCAUUGUAAGAUUGGACCCAUGUGUGUGGUUGCGGAGAACGAAGAGCUUGCGGAUUAUACAGUGGUCUAUGGAAAUGGAAUGCAGCGUGUAGAUAGAAGUGGUGUUGAGCACUUGAAGUUCAAGAUGAUUGCUCGUCAGGUCGAUGUCCUUCGGAAACUGAUCCCAGGCAACUUGCCCAAAUUCAUCAACCGGACGUAGUGCGAGGUAAAAAAGAAAGCGGUAGAAAUGACCCUAAUCUGAGAUUGGUAUGAAU